UCAUUGAGGAGGCCAACUGGCUCACAUUGGAGAAGGACCUGGAGAAGCCAGGAGAUGGGUUUGAUGCAGUCAUCUGCCUGGGCAACUCCUUCGCACACCUACCUGACUUCAAAGGGGACCAGAGUGACCACAAGCUGGCUCUGAGGAACAUCGCCAGCAUGGUGAGGCCCGGGGGUGUCCUGGUCAUCGACCACCGCAACUAUGAUCACAUCCUGGCCACAGGCUGCGCGCCACCUGGCAAGAACAUAUACUACAAGAGUGAUUUGACCAAAGACAUCACCACCUCGGUGCUGCUGGUAAACAACAAGGCGCACAUGGUGACCCUGGACUACACGGUGCAAGUCCCCCCCACCGAGGCAGGGGCAGCCCCGGAGCUGAGCAAGUUUCGGCUGUCGUACUACCCACACCGGCUGGAGGCCUUCACAGCCCUGCUGAAAGGUGCCUUCCAGGGGAAGUGCCAGCACAGCGUCCUGGGCGAUUUCCAGCCCUUCACGCCGGGACAGGCCCAUGUCCCCUGCUACUUCAUCCACGUUGUGAAGAAGACUGCCUGAAGGGUUCCGUGGAGAUGGGACUGUGGGACUCUGGUGGCCGAGAGCUGUGCGUGGCGCUGGGGACAAGCAUGGGGCUGGGAACAUCGUUGAGAGCCACCUGGGAGGCCCCCCUCCCUUUAAUUAAGAGCACUCAUGAGAGCUAC